AUAAUCUGUCAAAACAAGAGACGUAAGAGAAACAGCUUACUCCUUCCUCCAUCCCCACCGCCCCGCUACUGCCACCUUACACACUCUAGAAGCUUUAAGCACGCACCAGACCUCGAAUUUGCGAUCAUGGCGACCCCGAAGCUCGGACGAAUGCCCAGCAUGAGGGAGCGCAUGGAGGACACUCUCUCCGCUCACCGCAAUCAGCUCGUUUCUCUGCUCUCCAGGUACGUGGAUCAAGGGAAAGGGAUUCUGCAACCGCAUAACCUGGUCGACGAGCUCGAUAACAUCGUCUGCGACCCGGAAGCCAGGGAGACGCUGCGGAAUGGCCCUUUCAGCGAAGUCCUCAAAACUGCGCAGGAAGCCAUAGUUCUGCCUCCAUUCGUGGCGAUUGCAAUUCGGCCGAGGCCCGGUGUUUGGGAAUAUGUGCGGGUUAAUGUUCAUGAGCUCAGUGUGGAUCAGUUGACCGUCUCCGAGUACCUUCGGUUCAAAGAAGAAUUGGUGGACGGGCAGGCGAAUGAUCCUUAUGUUCUGGAGCUGGAUUUGGAGCCGUUCAACGCUAGCUUCCCUAGACCCACCCGUUCUUCAUCGAUUGGGAAUGGGGUUCAGUUCCUUAAUCGUCACCUCUCUUCAAUCAUGUUCCGUAACAAGGAAUCGCUGGAGCCACUGCUCGAAUUCCUGCGGUCGCACUCGUAUAAAGGACACGCCCUUAUGUUGAAUGAUAGGAUUCAUAGUGUAUCGAGGCUUCAAUCUGCGCUUGCUAAGGCAGAAGAUUACAUCUCCAAGCUCCCACCUGACACGCCAUACCAUGAGUUUGAAUAUGCGAUACAGGGAAUGGGGUUUGAGCGAGGUUGGGGUGACACUGCGGAGCGAACAAUGGAGAUGAUGCAUCUUCUGUCGGACAUCUUGCAGGCUCCUGAUCCCGCAAGUUUAGAGACAUUCCUGGGAAGAGUACCCAUGGUGUUCAAUGUGGUUAUCUUGUCUCCACACGGAUACUUUGGCCAAGCUAAUGUUUUAGGGAUGCCAGACACAGGUGGUCAGAUUGUCUAUAUUUUGGAUCAAGUUCGUGCGUUGGAGAGUGAAAUGCUUCUCAGGAUAAAGAAGCAAGGACUUGAUUUCAAGCCUAGGAUUCUGAUUGUGACCAGGUUGAUACCUGAUGCAAAAGGUACAACGUGUAAUCAGCAUAUGGAAAGAAUCAGUGGAACGGACUAUACUCAUAUCCUCAGAGUGCCCUUCAGAUCGGAGAAUGGUAUUCUUCGUAAAUGGAUCUCCAGGUUCGACGUGUGGCCAUACUUGGAGACCUUUGCUGAGGAUGCGGCCAGUGAAAUUGUGGCAGAGUUGCAGGCAAUUCCAGAUUUCAUCAUUGGUAACUACAGUGAUGGCAAUCUUGUUGCGUCUUUGUUGGCUUACAAAAUGGGCGUUACACAGUGCACCAUCGCCCAUGCAUUGGAGAAAACAAAAUACCCGAAUUCAGAUCUCUACUGGAAAAAGUUCGAUGAGAAAUACCACUUCUCCUGUCAAUUCACCGCUGAUCUUUUAGCCAUGAACAAUGCAGACUUCAUCAUUACCAGCACAUACCAAGAGAUUGCAGGAACGAAGAACACUGUGGGACAAUACGAAAGCCACACUGCAUUCACCCUUCCUGGAUUGUACAGGGUUGUUCAUGGUAUCGAUGUCUUCGAUCCCAAGUUCAACAUUGUCUCGCCUGGAGCUGACAUGACGAUCUACUUCCCAUACUUUGAAAAGAAGAAAAGACUCACAGCACUGCACGUACCAAUAGAGAAGAUGCUGUUCGAUCCAGAGCAAACUGACGAGUGCAUUGGUACUUUAGACGAUCGGUCGAAGCCCAUACUCUUUUCCAUGGCGAGGCUAGACCGUGUGAAGAACAUAACUGGAUUGGUCGAGUGCUAUGGGAAGAACACCAAACUGAGGGAGCUGGUGAACCUCGUUGUGGUUGCUGGUUUCAUCGAUGCCAAGAAGUCGAAAGACAGGGAAGAGAUCGAUGAAAUCGUAAAAAUGCAUGAUCUGAUGAGCAAGUACAGCUUGAAAGGACAGUUCCGUUGGAUCACAUCUCAGACAAAUAGAGCUAGAAAUGGGGAGCUGUACCGAUAUGUAGCAGACACCAGGGGAGCUUUCGUCCAGCCCGCUUUCUAUGAAGCUUUCGGCCUUACAGUUGUGGAGGCAAUGACUUGCGCCCUCCCAACUUUUGCCACUGUCCAUGGCGGUCCUGCAGAGAUCAUCGAGCAUGGCGUGUCCGGCUUCCACAUCGAUCCGUAUCACCCUGAUCAGACUGCUGAACAAAUGGCGGAUUUCUUUCAACGAUGCAAGGAGGAUCCUAGCUGCUGGAACAAAAUCUCCGACGGAGGACUCCAGCGAAUUUACGAGAGGUACACUUGGAAGAUCUACUCUGAAAGGCUGAUGACGCUUGCUGGCGUAUAUGGUUUCUGGAAGCAUGUAUCCAAGCUCGAACGCCGAGAGACCAGAAGAUACCUGGAGAUGUUCUACAUUCUCAAGUUCCGCGAUCUGGUGAGUGCUCCUGUUCUGACUAUAUGCAUGCUCCCCUGUUAUGUUUUUAACAUUCCCGUGUUCUAACCAUAUGCUUGUGUCCGGAUAACAUUGUUGGAAUUUAGACCUUAAACGAGUACUAGAGGCUCUCUAUUGAGCAACAGCGUAAACCAACGCUAUAAAAGACACUCCGUGGGAGCCAGUAGGUCGAUGAACAUCAAAUGAUCGUAAUUUUAUUUAACCAAGAAUUUGGCCGUCUAAUGGUUUGCCUGUUCUUUCCAGAUGAAGACUGUUCCGUUGGUGACCGAUGAGCAUCAUUAGGCUACACGCUUUGGGAGAGGUUAAAAGAGCAUCCAUGACCAGCAGGCUGCUGCUAAUACUAAGAAAUAAUAGUCUUUGGGUCGAUGCUUCUUCUCCCAUUUCAAUAGCUAUAGCUAAGCAUACGUGCCUUUGCGUCGGUGAAAUAAAUCUGCGAGACAAGUCGCAGUUAUAUGUUAAGGAUAACCACGGCAAUAGUUUCCUUAUAUGUACAUAUUACUACGCGUCUGUAUCAUGGCCAUGGGAUCGAAUGUGUGUUGUUCGAAGUUCAUCGAACACUAUGUAUAGUGUACUAUGUAGCAUGAAGCUUAAGGUUUGAGUAAAUUCUUUCCUUAGUAACUUCUGUUGUCAACGGAGAGAAAGAAGGGCAAUGAGCAACAAGAUAGGUGGGAAUCCUGCUUCCAAGCACAGACGUUCUGAAUCCUCAAAGCAUUCAUGGAUGUAUCUUCUCCGAACAACAACUCAUAAUGGACGGAACAAAGAGCUGAAGAAAAUGCUGGAGGAGAAUGCAAAGUAGAGAGCAAGAUCAAUAACUAUCUCUAUUUACCAAAACUAGUACCCACACAGAAACUCCAUAGAAAUCUGGAAAAAGAUGCAAGGAAAACACCAUCUUUGAGUGAGGUUCUGGAGAAAUCUCACUAACAAAAGGAACAAGGAAACCAAACAGAGCAGACGGAGGGGAAAAACGGGCUGCUGCCUGAGAGAGAGAGAGAGAGAUUGGGAAGUCUUUCAAGAAGAAAAUGGCCAAGCAAAACCAAAUAUUCAAACAAGAUUCCAGUUCAGCCCAAACAACAGAAACCAUGGUAUGCCUGAAACUAAAUUCUGUACCAACAGAGUAUUGGAGCAACCAAAGAUCCCAAAAUUCUCCAGUUUCCAGGUCUAUGUUCUACCUUGGCAAAUGAAACUUCCAUUGAAGGUCAAUAUGAGCAUUGGGGAGGUUCAUUGUGGUUUGGCGAAAAGGCUCUGUAGCAGUGUUGGCAUAAGCCGCUAAUAGUAACCCUUCUUAUUACUGAAUCCGUGUCAAAUCAUGAGAAAUAAAACAUACCAAAACCAUCCUUCAAGCCUACAAAAUAUGGCAGUACGAAAUGAAUAACUAACAGUAGGCGCCUUCAAAUCAUUGAAACAUUUCCCUCCUACACAUUACUGGUCUAAGUUCAGCACUGUUCUACAAACAGAAGUUUGCAACGCGCCAUAUCAGCUAAAGAAGCUACAAGAUUGGAAGAAGGAAAAUAAGCUCUCAGGAGAGGAAGUCGUAUACCUUUUCCCUCAAUGGGGCUAUAUGCUGUUCAUUCCAUCACAACUUUGGCACCAAUAGCUUUCAUCUUCUCGAUUAUCUUCUCGGCAUCUUCCUUCGACACACCUGCCUUCAACACUGCUGGCGUCUUCUCCACCAAAUCCUUGGCUUCCUUAAGACCAAGAUCAGUAAAACUCCUCACCUCCUUGAUUAUCUUAAUCUUAGAAGCAGCUUCAUACGAUUCCAAUUUCAAUUCGAAAACCGUCUUCUCUGGUUUCUUUUCCUCCUUGGCAGCUGCUCCAGUUGACCCCUUAAUUCCCAUCCCAGCCAGUCCAGCUGCUGUUCCACCCUUUAUUACUCCCACAGUCGGCGAUUCUUUCAUUCCUUUCCUUUUCAUUAUAAUCGAACCCAGCUCCGCGACUUCUGCCAAUGUCAGCGAGGCAAUUUCAUCAACGAGCCUGAACACGCGCUCGGUGGGAGGGCUACGGUGCUCCGUGGGGUCAAAAGUUGCAGGAUCAUAGUCAGCUGGCAGCCUCCUUUGAUCGAUUUCUACUUCUUCCUCUUCAUCCUCUUCUUUCCUAGCAGCUUGAGCAAAGCUCCGUGGCAAUACACCGUUGAUGCUUGCUCGACUCAAAGCAGGAAGGUGUGAUUUUGCACACAACCCAUUUGCCAGGUGAUGCCUUAAUCUCACAAUCAAACUCAUCUCCGCCAAAAGCUUUCUCUAUUGCAGCCUAUAACUUUCCCUGGAACCUAAAAAGAUUCCAUCUCUCAAGCUAUUGCCCAAGCGAAUAAACCCUGAAAGGAAGACGAAAAAAUUGAAGAAACACAGUGGAU